CUGAUUCGGAGUAAUGAUUUAAUGCAACUGCUCGUGAGCGAAAAUUGUGUGGACAGCAUACUAUAAUAAAAUAAUUAAGUUAAUAUUAUACGAGUCUUUUACUGAUGUUGAAAUUUCGUAUAAAAUGAGUGUAGUUUAGAGUGAAAGUGUAUGAUCAGAAUUGACAGACUUCAUAAAGAGUUAUCUGAAUUUUAAAUGAACUAUCAGCAUUGUAUCCUGAAAAAGCUUUUCAAAAUGAGGUAUGACCAAAGGCCGACGGUUCUUACCGCAUACAAUGUAGGUGUAUACGACUCAUGUUAGUAAAGAGAAGAAUUAGUGUUGUAGCUGUGGACACGAAUUGGAUUUUGAAUCAUGUUAUAUGGUAUGUAAUCUGCAAUAUGCCCAAAAGUGAGAAUAUCAAGGACACUAUUAGAAAGGACUGCAGAAAACAAAUGGAUGUUGGAGUAGUUAAAGUUGCUGAGGAUCAGGACUUCGAGAAGCUGAAGAAACUAAUAGAUGAUCACACAGGAUGGAGGCUUGAUUAUAACAAGUCAUCAACAAAAGUUUGGACAAAAUCUAUACCGACCACAAGCUUCAAAAUGAUAAAGGUUCAUACUGUGUUUGCUGAAGUAAGUCCUCAGCAAGUGUAUGAUGUGCUGCAUGACCCAGAUUACAGGAAAGUGUGGGACCAACAUAUGAUUGAAUCACAUGACAUUGGCUGCCUUAACCCAAACAAUGAUGUUGGGUAUUAUGCAAUGUCCUGCCCAGCACCAUUACGGAACAGAGAUUUCGUACUACAACGAUCAUGGUUAGACACAGGGCAAGAACAAUUCAUCAUUAACCAUUCUGUGUUUCACCAGGAUUUCCCCCCAAGACGAGGCUUUAUUCGUGCAACAUCCUACCUGACAGGUGAAAUUGAAUGUCACAGUCCACAGUUCAGCUUCCUGAUCCGUCCUUCAGGCUCUGCAAGCUCCGAGCUUGGUUAUGUCUCCCAGACUGAUCCUCAUGGCACAUUACCUCCAUGGCUAGUGAACAAAGUUACCCAAAUAUUUGCUCCAAAAUUGGUGAAGAAACUGUUGAAGGCUUCCAAGGCAUAUCCUGAGUGGAAGGAACAAAACAGUCCAGACUGGAAACCAUGGCACAACCCUGAACAAAUGACUGCUCCACGCAUCACUAUUCAAGAUUGUAUGAAGACACCAGACAACAUCUUCCAUGAGCCAGAGGAUUUGGGAGUAGAUGUGCGGAGUUUUGGUACAAACUUGAAUCACUUAGAUGAGGACAGUGAGUGAUGUUUUAAUGGUCAGGUGAUAAUUAUUUUGCAGAAUGAUAUUUGUGUCAGCUGCUCUGAAGAAAACAUUUUCUGUGGCUGUGUUUAGAGAUUAAACUUAUACAUUGACCAUAUAACUUAAAACAUAUAACUUUUUAAAUAUGAAGCAAAUCUUGUAAAGAGUACUGAUUUUUGCUUAUAGUUUAAAGCAAAGUGUGAAGAAAAUGUGAUUUUCUGAGUUUGCAGCAGCUCACUAAUUGGAAAUAUGCUCUCUGCACAUUUUUCUACAUCAAACAAAAGAUGAUUUUCAUCUGUCAAUUUGUUUCAAUAGGGGCUACUCAUUUCUUAAGAAAUAAGUUCAAUGAAUAUGCAUUUGUUUAAUUUCAACAGUUUUAACAGUUUGGUUUAAUGGCAAUUGUGAAUGCUAAUUGCGAGUUCAUAUAUUGUGAUAUUGGAACAAGCGGCUGAGUUUUGGACAGAGGGGGAAUCAAAAACACGACAUUUUAUAAUAAACUACUGAAUGGAAAUUUCAAUCUUCCCUCGCCUAGGAAAGCUGAAGGUGCUACAAAUGAACUGCCAUACGUGUUUGUUGGGGAUGAGGCAUUUGCAUUACGUAAAGACUUCUUAAAACUUUCAGUAAAGAGAACUUACUAAUUAACAAAGAAUUUUUAAUUACCGUUUGUCAUGAGCAUGGAGGGUUAUAGAAAACACAUUUGGAAUAAUGGCUUCAAGAUUCCACAUUUUCCACACUGCAGUGAAUUUCAGAUUAGAUCGCUUAGAGAUCAUUGUCUUGGCUUGUUGUGUUUUACACAAUUUUUUUUAUGUUGUUUGUGCAAUUCCUAUGCAGUGGACAUAGUGGAUGAAAUCAAAGAGAACUUAAACCAUUUGACACUGUUACAAUGUGGACACAAUAGGCAUUA